ACUGCGUUGUGGGUCGACCUGAGGAGGAGUGUGGAGGAGGGCAGGGAGUGUGUUGAGAGUCGUCCACACAUUGUGACGCCUCCUUAGUGGGAAUGAGGAAAAAACUGCGAGAAGCACUCGAGACGGUGGAGGAUAACGCGUUUUUGUUCUCCCCGUUUAGAACUUUCCUCCCAAGUCCUACCGUCUUCCCUAUCUGUAUGAUUACGUGAAGGCUAAAAGAAACCCAACGAUGCAGAGCUCAGUUGACUCUUCGCAGGUGAUGGAUGUCUCAAAAUCCAAGCCAUCUCUCCCUCCCAAGCCUCGACUUACUCCCAAGCCUUUCUCUGCACAAAACAAUGUCAUUCGCUCUAUAAAUGCUCCAAAGGCUGUUAAUGUGUCCUCCAAGGACAAGGCCGGAAAACCUGUGGCUAAAACUGCCCCGAAACCCUCCUUGACCAAACCGUCCACAAAAUCACCUCAGCAAAAGUCCACAAGUGUGAAUAUAAAGGAUCAAACAAAACCAUCCAUAGCUGAACCCAAACCUGUUGCAGUUCAGAAAGAAGUUGCCGAAACAAACAACAAAACAGCGAUGCAGGUGGUAAUUAACACUAAACCGGCUGAUGUCAAAAUGAGUGAAGACAAAUCCCCAGCGACCACGGUCCAGAAGCCUGAACAAUCACAGAGCAAUGAUUCCUCAAAAACCAAUGAAACAUUUCAAUGGGGUGGAACCAGAAAGCGCUUGUCCAUGGAGCUAACCUCAAAGUUUAACUCUGGUGGUAUCCCUCGGCCCACUGAACACAGCAGAACCACAUCUUUGAACAAAGGAAAAGAAAAUGAAGAAAAUGCAAACCAGCCGAAACCGAAAAUGCCAGAGCAGUCCACCACAGAAAGUGAUGAAACCAAACUGAUGGAGAACAGCAAUGGAGGUGGCAGCAUCAAACGCCGGAUCAGUCUUCUAUUUGAUGGCGUGUCAAAGCCAGAGGUUGCUGUGAAGAGGGUGCAGCCUGAGUUUGAAAACGAAAUAGGUGGUGUCAAGGAGCGAAUCAAAAACUGGACUCAGGAGACCAGCUUAGCGGCCACAACUGUGCCAACAAUUGACACAACUGACAAAUUGCCAGCUGUUCCUGAAACAAGGAUCCUAUCACUGUCUGAAACAACUGAAAAACCUCCAACAAAGCGACUAGACACAUCAGAGCAGUUGGACCACAAGACAUCAGCAGAAAAGGAUGAUGCCGACGACGUCUCCUCACCUGAACAUGUUAAAAGACGAGACUCUGUCAAACGAAGCUCUGUUCACUUUGGUGCCAUGAAGAGUGAGUGUGGCGAAGCUCCUCUUGCCGUUGGGUCGAAAGCAGACAGCAAAUCAGAGGAAGUAGGAACUUUAAAGAGCAAGGUAGCGGACAUCAGUGAGGUGGAACGAAUAAAACAUUUGGAAUUUGAAAAAAGGCAAAAAGCAGAGGAAAGUGAAAUACAAAGGUUCAAGUUACAGGAGGAGAAGGAGGAAGAAAGGAAGAAAGAAGCAGCCAGGCAGAAAAGAGAAGAGGAGACCAGGGGGGAGAUCGAGAAAGACAGACUUAGACUUAAGAAGGAAGAAGAGGAGAGGCAAAGGAGGGAGGAAUUUGAGAAAGAAAGGCUAAGGGAGGAGGAGAGACUGGGGGAGGAGGAGAAAGAAAGAUUGAAGCUAAAGAGGGAAGAAGAGAAUCAGAGAAGGGAGGAAUUGGAGAGAGAAGAGGAGAGGAAGAGGGAGGAGGAGAAAAAAAUAUUGAGGCUGAAGAGGGAAGAAGAGGAGAAGGAGAGGAGGGAGGAACUGGGUAGAGAAAGAUUGAGAGCAGAGGAAAAGAGGAGAGAGGAGAUGGAACGGAUGAGAGUGGAGAAGUUGGAAGAGAAGCAGCGAAGGGAGGAGUUGGAGACAGAAAGGCUAAGAGAAGAGGAGAGAAGGAGGGACGAGAGAGAGAGAUUAAGGCUAAAGAGGAAAGAAGAGGAGAGGCGAAGAAGCGAUGAAUUAGAGAAGGAAAGGCUGAGAGAAGAGGAGAGAUGGAGGGACGAGAUAGAAAUAUUGAGACUAGAGAGAGAAGAAGAGGAGAGGCAGAGAAGGGAUACAUUGGAGAGGGAAAGGCUAAGGGAAGAGGAGAGGAGGGAGGAGAGAGAAAAAUUGAGGCUGGAGAGGGAAGAAGAGGAGAGACAAAGAAAGGAUGAAUUAGAGAAAGAAAUGCUGAGAGAAGAGGAGAGGAGGGACGAGAUAGAAAGAUUGAGGCUAAAGAAGGAAGAUGAGAGAAAAAGAAGGGAUGAAUUGGAGAAAGAAAGGCUAAUAGAAGAGGAGAAAAGAAAGGAAGAGAUGGAAAGAUUGAGGCUAAAGAGAGAAGAGGAGGAGAGAUGGAGAAGGGAUGAAUUGGAAAGAGAAAGGCUAAUGGAAGAGGAAAGGAGGAGGGAGGAGAUGGAAAGAAUAAGAAUUAAGUUGGAGAAGGAGAGAAGGGAGGAAUUGGAGAAAGAUAGGUUAAGAGAAGAGGAGAGAAAGCGGGAAGAGAUAGAAAGAUUGAGGCUAAAGAGAAAAGAGGAUGAGAGACGGAGAAUGGAUGAAUUGGAGAGGGAAAGGCUAAGGGAAGAGGAGAGAAGGAGGGAUGAUAUAGAAAGAUUGAGACUAAAGAGGGAAGAAGAGAGGCAGAGAAGGGAUAAAUUGCAGAGGGAAAGGCUAAGGGAAGAGGAGAGAAUGAGGGAGGAGAGAGACAAAUUGAGGCUGGAGAGGGAAGAAGAGGAGAGACAGAGAAGGGAUAAAUUUGAGAGGGAAAAACUAAGGGAAGAGGAGAGGAGGGAGGCGAUAGAGAGAAUGAGAGUGGAGAAGUUGGAAGAGGAAAAGCAGAGAUGGCAGGAAUUGGAGAAAGAAAGGCUGAAAGAAGAGGAGAGGAGGGAAGAGAUGGAAAGACUGAGGCUGAAGAGGGAAGAAGAGGAGAGACAGAGUAAGGAGGAACUAGAGAGGGAAAGACUGAGGGAAGAGGAGAAAAGGAGGGAGGAGAUGGAAAGACUCAAGCUGAAGAUGGAACAAAAUGAGAGGCAGAGAAGGGAGGAAUUGGAGAGGAAAAGACAGAGGGAAGAUGAGAGAAAGAAGGAUGAGAUAGAAAGACUCAGGCUCAAGAUGGAAGAAGAGGAGCGACAGAGAUGCGAGGAAUCUAGGGUGGCACAAGCACUGGAGGAGGAGGAGUCGAGGACGAGAUGGAGGAUGGAGAUGAAAAUGCAACAGCAAAAGGAAGAAUUGGAGAGAAUGAGGGAGCUGGAGAGGUGGAGAGAAGAGGCACAAAGGAAAGAAAAGAGGAGGAAAGAAGAAGAGAGAAGGCAAGACGUCAUUGAUGAGACUGAGGCAAAUUUAAUCAGCUUUGACUCUAAAGACUUGCCUCAAACUCCACGCAAAUUCUCAUCACAAACUGGGAUAGUUUACGAUAACUUCUCAGUCAGUGUUCCUAAGCCUCUGGUGGAUGUUGGUCAUUUUGAUGAUUUUUCAGUGAAACCAACUCGAUGGGGAUCACAGCCUAAAGUCGAUGUAACCACACAGGACACAAUGGUAGGCGUGCUGGUGCCCCUCAGUGUUGGCGCUCGGGAAAGAGAUUUACAAGAGAGAGUGAAGACUGAAGGGGGCUUUGAGCCUAAAUCAACCUUGGAGAGCCCGGAGGAAGCGGAGGAGCGAUGGGGUUCACAGCCUAAAGUCGAUGUAACCACACAGGAACCAAUGGUAGGCGUGCUGGUGCCCCUCAAUGUUGGCACUCGGGACAGAGAUGCACAAGAGAGAGUGAAGACUGAAGGGGGCUUUGAGCCUAAAUCAACCUUGGAGAGCCCGGAGGAAGCGGACGAGCACCGAGAGCAAGCGAAGGAGUCUCAAGAACAGGAGAAACAGUUUCCCCAGGAAGAGUUGACAAAAGGAAGCAAAUAUUACAAGCAUGAGGAUCCUGUCAGCAGUUAUCGUACAUAUGGUGAAGACACAGAUGCUUUGAUAGACUUUGAGUCAGACAGGCAGCAUACAGCGUAUGAUUGGAGAUCUAAAAUUGAUAGGACUGAUUUUCAACCAAGUCCGAAGUCUUUCACUGAUCCAUUUCCUGAGGUCUCGCUUGAAGAUGUUGAUGCAACUGAACCAGAGCUGUCUCCUUUCCCCGAGAGCACCAGUCCUCUCCUUGACACCAGUGCACAGAAAUCCAGGGCGGACCUGGGCAAGAGGCGCAGACGAUCACGUCCAUCACGCUCAAGCCGCUCACAUCCAACUCUGACAGAGAAUCCAGACUGGCGGUCUUGCGACACGACAGAUGGAGGGCAAAGGGAGUCUGACUCGGAGGAGAAGGAGCCAAAGCAAAGGAUCGUCUCUUCUCCUUCUGUCUCCAGGAAGAUCCCUGUGUCUCAUGGCAUGAGCCCAUCAACGCUCAUUGCUCAGAUCAAAAAGAGAGCAGAAGGACGACAGGAGACUGCAGAAGACCAGGAAAGUCCAAAUGAUGAAGUGGUGCCAUCUUCCUCCCAGCUGCCUCGGCUUCCCCGCUCUCCUGCCCAGCUUGCUGGAGCCGCACGAGUACUUCCACCCAUAGGUGCCACAGAUGGAGGUGCGGUCUCUCCGGCUUGGCUGACAGAGUUGAAGUCCAAGAAGCGUAUCAGUCAACAUGAAGGGGAAUGGUAGCUGAGCAGCAUGUGGCAGGAGCCACCAUGCUAUCGUGCAGAAUCCAUCCAUGACAGAUGUUUGUGCCAAGAGGCACCUCACCAAGGUCUAUAUUUUGCACUUUGAGUGCCUGAUUUGUACAUUUGAACCAGAUCUGAAAUAUGCAAAAUGGUAUUCAGGCUUUUCAGGCAGAAUACAUGAGUCAUUGAAAACUUUGUCUUGUAAAUAAUUUGCCAAGGCUUUGUGACAUUUUAUGCUAUUGCCAAGUACAUGUUUAAACUCAUACUGUCAACUAGUGAUCAUCAACAUAAUGCAGAGAAAGACAUACAUUUACUAUUUUUUCACUUUGUUCUUUGUUGUUGCUGUUUGUCAAUUAUUAUUGACCAGGUCUGAUGCCAAUGGGCUGUUUUGAAGCCAAUUUAUAGUCACUCAUGGCUCACCCCUUGUCUUUAGUUGAACAUAAAAUGAUCUCUUUAAAGUAAAUCUUCUUUACACUUUAAGAAAUAUGGUUAUGUACACACCGUAUGUAUCUCUAUGCAAUAGAAAUGAUCAGACAAUCAGUUUUCCUCCUUUCAAAAUACAAUAAAGUCAUCCAAAUGCCUCAUUAUAACAUAAGCAAGUAUGCAGGAAAUCUAGGAAUGCUUUUAUGCUAGCGCACUGUGUGAAUGCUUUUAAGAGCCUUUGUUUUCUAAUGAAUAAAAUGACCACCAGUCAUUAAUUUGCAAUGUGUUGCAAUUUAUUAAAAGCUUUUCUACAGUAUGAAA